AUGAGACCUCUGCGCAACGACGUUAAUUCUUCUACCGAGCCGUCGUCGUCGACACAUCCUCCGAAGGUAGAAGCGACGACGGUGACGGUAGAUGUAUCCGUCGAGGAGAAAGAAAACAUAAAUAAUAACAAAGAAGCGAGCAAAUCGGCAUUGACAGAUAGAAAGGGACGCGUAGCAUUCGUGUUUUAUGAUUUUGAAACACGGCAGGACGAAACGCUCGAAGGUACAACGUCCGCAAAAAGACACAUCCCGACACUUUGCGUCGCGCAACAAAUUUGCGAAGCGUGCGCGCAAAACAACGAUAUCUCCGUGCGUUGUCACUGGUGCGGAGUGCGAGAGUUCGUAUUUCGUAAUGAUCCAGUGAAAUAUUUUGUCGACUUUGCUACGCGAAGGACGAAAUAUUUCACACAGAUAAUUUGCAUAGCCCACAAUGCGAAAGCGUUCGACGUUCAAUUUAUUUUGAAAUAUAUCGUAGAAAAUCGUGUCAAUCUCGCGCCGAAAGUGAUUUUGAACGGAACAAAAAUCGUCGUAUUAACAGUUGGACAUACAAAGUUUAUCGAUAGCGUGAAUUAUAUGCCAAUGCAAUUAUCCGAUUUGCCGAAGGCUUUCGGGCUGAAGGAUACAUCGGGUAAAGGCAUUUUUCCGCAUUUAUUCAAUACUAUCGAAAAUCAAAUGUAUGUCGGACCAUUACCCGACGCGCAUUAUUACUCUCCCGAAAUCAUGAAAUCGAAAGAGCGCGAAUGCUUUCUCGCGUGGCAUACGGACAUGCGGUUAAAAAACACCGUGUUUGAUUUUCAACGCGAGAUAGUACAAUUUUGCCGUACCGAUGUUGAUAUACGUCGACGAGCGUGCAUGGCGUUUAGAAAAAUUUUUAUAGCUCACGGAAAUGUAUAUCCGUUCGAGGAAUGUACAACUAUUGCUUCAACGUGUACAAUGCCGGUUUUAGCAUUAUUGGCGCCCUGGGCAAGAUUAUCGUGGCGCCCAUUCAAUUUUCGAUAUCUUUACUAG